AUGGGAGUGCUAAGGUUGGAGCAUAUCUCCUUCAGGAGCUUUGUUGGGUGCAAUGGAGCAUCCCAGGUUGUGUUCAUCUUCCUUCUGAUUCCAUGUUGCUUCACUAAGGACUACAGAGCAACCCCCUUUCUCUCAGAUGAUCCUUUCCUCUGGGCUUGGAAUGCCCCAACUCAGCCUUGUUCCAAGAGGUUUAAUGUGUCGAUAGAUUUGAGCCUCUUCCCUUUAAUAGGAAACCCUGCAAAAGAUGCCAUAGACCAACCAGUUAUAUUAUUUUAUGUUGAUAGACUUGGCUUAUAUCCUCAUAUAGAUAAGCAUGGCAACAAAGAGCAUGGAGGAAUCCCCCAGUUGGGUGACUUACAGGCCCAUCUGACUAAAUGUACGCAAGACAUUGACAACUACAUGCCUAAAGACAAGCCGGGCUUGGCUAUCAUUGAUUGGGAAGAAUGGAGGCCUAUCUGGGCAAGAAACUGGAGACCUAAAGACGUUUACAGGGAUGAGUCUAUUAAGCUGGUUCAGCAACAAAAUGCAACCCUUACUCUUGCACAAGCCACAAAUGUAGCCAAAGUAAAUUAUGAAACAGCAGGAAGGAACUUCAUGGUAGAAACUUUGAAAUUGGGUAUAAAGCUUCGACCAAAACACUUUUGGGGUUAUUAUCUUUUCCCUGAUUGUUACAACCAUCAUUAUACUAAACCCAAUUACAAUGGGACUUGCUUUGAGUUAGAAAAGAAAAGAAAUAAUGAGCUCAACUGGAUGUGGACUGAAAGCACUGCUCUUUACCCAUCCAUUUAUUUGAAUACCAUCCUAUCGUCUUCUCCACUAGCUGCACCUUUUGUCCGUAACCGUGUUAAGGAAGCCAUUCGGGUUUCUGUAGUACCCAAUGCUACAAGUCCACUUCCGAUUUAUAUAUAUGCACGCCCAGUUUUUACUGAUUACUCUUCAAGUUACCUUAAUGAGGAGGACCUUAUGCAUACACUUGGUGAAACUAUUUCUCUAGGUGCCUCUGGAAUUAUAAUAUGGGGGAGCCUCAAUUUAAGUCAAAGCGUGGCCACCUGCACAAAACUACACAAUUACAUGAAUACUGUUCUGAAUCCGUACAUAAUCAAUAUCACCCUAGCUGCCAAAAUGUGUAGCCAGGUGUUUUGCAUGGAAAAAGGAUACUGCACAAGGAAAGACUUGGAUUCCAGAGAGUAUCUCCAUUUGAACCCAAUGCAUCUCACUAUUGAAACGGAGCCAAAUGGAAAAUUCAAAAUCAAAGGGAACGCCUCAGUGGACGACCUGCGACAGUUUGCUGACAAUUUUCAGUGCAGCUGCUAUCCCAACAUGGACUGUGAACAGGCAGUUGAUUUAACACAGAAAAUUACUAUUGAUGUAUGCAUGCUGAAUGAUAUUUGUAUAAAAACCGUUCUAAACUCGGAACAUAAAAUAUCCCAUUCGAAUCCAAGUUUAGUGCUCUUAUUAUUAUUUUUUGUUUUUUUUGGAAAACGAAUACUCUAG